CAAAUCACACAAAACAAGCUCUCAAGAACUUUAUCAAUAUGCUUUAGAUUACAACACUAUAGAGCGAACGUUGUACAACUGGUCAAGAAUCAUGGGUCACUUUAAACUCAUUUUUGUCUUCCUUGCAUUUUUGACAGCUGGCUUCAUUCUACCAUCAGAACAGGAUGACAACUUGAAAAUUUCAGUUUACUAUGAAACAUACUGCCCUGAUUCAAUUAAUUUUGUAAUGAAUCAGUUGGCACCAAUGAUGGGUGAAUUCAACAAAUAUCCAGAUUGGCUUAUUUUGGAGCUCAUUCCUUUUGGGUUUGCUAAGGAAACUGGACAUUUUAAAUGGUCCUGUCAACAUGGACCGAAGGAAUGUGCAGGAAACAAAUUGAACGCAUGUGCUAUUGACGAGCUGGUGACCAAGCAGUACAACCCUCUCUACAUGAGGCUGGUGAACUUCAUCUACUGCACAAUGACAGCUGAUAAUCAAGUUAAAGCUGCUAAACAGUGUGCUGCUCAAACAGGAGUGAACUACAAGAAGUUGAUGAAGUGCUAUAAGGGUACAGAGGGAGACAAAUUGCUGGAAAUGUAUGGGAACAUAACAGCCUCUCUUCAACCACCACUGAACUGGGUACCGACUGCAGUGUUCAAUGAUAAAUACAAUGAAACGGAGAAUAAUGAAGCUCAGACAAAUUUGUAUGGAGUUGUCUGCAGUUAUAUGCCAGAUGAAUGUAAAUAGCUGUACAGAAAAUCUUAUUGAUAGUGAUGUUAGUAUUUAGACAUAAAAUAAAAUGUGUAAAUAAUACAAUA